AUGCCCAUCCCAAACACCACCCUCCUCUCCCUCAUCGAAGACACCGCCGAGCAACACCUCACCACCCCAGACCAACACCUCACCCACGCCCUCGCCAACUCAGCCCAGCACAACCUCCCGUCCAUAUCCAUCACCCCCCUCCAAGGCCAACACCUCUCCCUCCUCGCGCAGCUCACGCACGCGCAGUCCGUCCUCGAAAUCGGCACCCUGGGCGGCUACUCGACCAUCUGGUUCGCCAAGACGGGCGCCCGGGUGACCAGCAUCGAAAUCGACCCCAAGCACCGGGCCGUGGCGCUCGAGAACCUCCACCACGCAGGGCUGGACGCGAACAUCGUGCUCGGGGCGGCGCUCGACGUCCUGCCCAGGCUGUAUGAGGCGGGUGACAGGUUCGACUUUGUCUUUGUGGAUGCGGACUGGGGGGAGCAGUGGGAGUACUUUGACUGGGCGGCCAAGUUGACGAGGAAGGGGGGCGCAAUCUACGUUGAUAAUGUGGUGCAGAUGAUGAUGGGGGAUGGGGAGGAUGGUGUGAAGAGCGAGGGAAGUUUGGUGGUGAGGGCUGGGAAGGAUGAGAGGGUGAGGGCGACUUUGGUGCCGACUAUUUCGGCGCAUAAGAAUCCGGGGAAUGCGUUUAUUGAUGGGUUUCUGUUGGCGAUUGUGCUUUGA